AUGUGCCGAGCUCUCCAAGCCCGACUGGCUGCUACAGAGGCAGAAAGGGGUGUUCCAAGAGUCAAAGAAACUUCAGCAGGAAGCAGAGGAGAAUGCGAAGGUAAUGAUAAAGCUACGGGAGUUCUUAAUGGACCGUGGUCGUGUUGUCGAUGUAUUGCAGAUUGCCUUAAGUUCUUAAAAGAAAUACCUUCUGCAGCAACAAAUGAUGCAUCUGCCAAUCCUUUCCAACAUUCCAGCUCUGUCAUGAAUCUUUAUCUAGAGACAAGUUCUACUCUUUUAAAGGUCCUUCAAGCCCAUUCUGGCCAGCUCAUCUCCCACCAACUUUCUAAGGAAUUGAGAAGGUUGCAGGCAUCAUCUGUGCAUGCUAAUUCAAGACUGCAAAAUGGUAGAGCUACAGAUUCAUGA